AUGGAUGCCAAUUCACCUCCAAUCUCAAUUCCCCCAUCCUACGAAACUCUCCCUGUCACCCACAUCAAACUCAGCCAUCAUCCUCCCAACUCACCCACGGCCACUCCAAUCCUCAUUGUAACCUUGAACCGUCCCGAAAAGCACAAUGCCUAUACGCAAGCCAUGGGCGAGAGUCUGGAGCGCGUCUUCCGGACGGUCGACAUCGACGACCGCGUCAAGGUUGUCGUCCUGACCGGAGCCGGGAGGACUUUCUGCGCUGGCGCAGACCUGGACAUUGGAUUCAGCGGUGCUAAACAGAUAGACCCGGAGGGGUACCGGGAUAGUGGCGGCCGAAUCGCCCUCGCAAUCCACCGCUGCCGCAAACCAACCAUCGCUGCAAUGCAAGGCUCAGCAGUCGGCGUGGGAAUGACAAUGGCCCUCCCCGCUGCUAUUCGCAUCGCCCAUACGACAUCUAAGUACGGCUUUGUUUUCGCCCGUCGUGGCAUUACCAUGGAGUCCUGCUCGUCGUACUUUCUCCCGAGACUUAUUGGGCAUGCACGCGCUAUGUACCUCGUUACUACGGGGGGUGUGUUCCCGCCUACGUCGUCGCAUUUCGGGCCGUUGUUUGCGGAAACGUUCGCUGAGAAGAGUGCGGUUUUGGUGAGGGGGUUGGAGAUUGCGGGUGAUAUUGCGGAGAAUACGAGUUCGUUGGCGGGGGCGUUGAAUCGGGGGUUGAUGUGGAGGGGGCCUGAUUCGCCCGAGGAGACGCAUUUGUUGGAGUCGAGGGUUUUGUAUCAUAUGUUUCGGGGGAGGGACCAGAAGGAGGGUGUUGGUGCAUUCUUGGAGAAGAGGAAGCCGGAGUUCAAGGCGACUUUGGAAGAGGAUGCUCCCCGGGAGUAUCCUUGGUGGUCCGAGGUUGAUAUUGAUCCGAAGACUAAAGGUGAGUCGAAACUGUAA